CCAUUCUUCCCAACUUUGAGCGCUUCUGCACACAGCUUGUUUGUCUUUGCUUCGCUUGUUCACUGGCUGGCUGGGGUGCGUUGCACUUCAUUUGAGAGGCUGUCUGCAGCGAUGAGGGGAGGCUGGCGUGGGCUGCUGUCCCACGUGAAGCGACUUGACACGAAGGAUCGAGUGACGAAGCGCGACGUGGAGGAUGUGUUGCGGGCAUGCCAGGCCAUUGGCCGGCAAGAGGGCGCCAUGGAAGAUGUCAUCUACCACAUGUGCACAGCCUUCGCUUCGUCGUCCAAACUAAAGCGGAAAAUGCCGGAGACGUGUCACUUCCUGCUGCCGGCCUCAGAUACAACAGCCACCACCAUCUGCGCAAACGCACGCGCAGCUCCUGAAGUACAGGCCAUCAUUACCGCCCUCAACGCCACUGAUGGCUCAGAUGAUGAUGUGAUGGCGGCCCUGGAGACCUGGACCGUCGCCUCGCUCGGAUUUAACGCCCUCUCCGAGACACUGACUGCCUGCCCGCAGAACUCGCUGCCGUCUGCGGCGUUUUGGAUCGCAAUUCUCUCACAAGAGGACGCGCUGGAAGACGUGUUGUGGCGCUGUGACCGCUGGGCUGCAGUGCUUCGCCGUGUGUCCAAGUUUGAAGCGAGCCAGGACGCAGCGCUUGCUGUCAUCGGUGCCAUGCUCAGCAGCAAGUUCAGCACAAUCGCCACCCUGACCCGCCAUCUCAUGCGUGAGCGCAUCUUCUCACCCGUGUCUCUCGUCAAGUACUACACAUCACUUCCCCGGGCAUUCAUCAGCUCUCGAACCUUUCCCCUGGUUCAGGAGGCAGUCAGGGCGUGUCAGCCUGACGCCGGGUUCUCUGAGGAAGUUGAGCGGGUGUUGCAAACAGUUGUGUCGAAGCUGUCGCAACAGAUCAACACAGAGGACAGUGAAACGUGUGCACAGCUUCUCUGCCAACGCUUCCGCUCCUUCUUCGACGAGUUUGUCGCGGGGUGCACGCGCCAGGAGAUACAGGGUGUCAUGGCCGACAUUGACUUUGUGUCGACCAUUCCUUGCGUGACAGAGUUGGCGCAAACCAUCUCCUCAGUGCUCGAAGAUGAGGACGAUGGCGACGACCUGUAGGCGCACAGGCAACAGCACACACACACACGUACGCACACACGUACGCACACACGUACACACACACACACACACACACGCACACACACACACACACACACACACACACACACACACACACACACAGUGUGCGCAGCUGUUUCUUGACACGCUCCAAAUGUAACUCGUGUACUCGUGCGUGUUCAAGAACCAAAAAACAACCACGAAAGCAA